AUGUGGAAAAUAUCACGUUACCUUCUUCUGAUAACAUUCAUUUGGUUGCAUCUACGAUUUUCGUCGGCGAACUCGACCGAAGAAAAUUGCGAUUUGCGUCAGGCAAAGUCAAAUACUAGCAGGACGUGCGACUUGAAGGAACACGAUCAACGUUUGGUUUGUUUUCACGGUCUAGAGGAUAAAUGGAAGUCCGAAGGUGAAUACGUGCGAACUCUGGUGCUCUGUUAUUGGCCUGCAGAGACCUUCGAUCCUCAAGACGUUUUGCAAGGAUUUUCAUCCUUGAAAAAGCUGAUAAUUGAGAAGAGCAAUUUAACCAGAUUGGUUUCAACCUUUUCAAAUAAGUCUCGUUCGAUCGAGAAACUUGAAAUAAUAGAAACUGAACUGAAAGAAUUACCAAGAGGCGCGUUUGACGAUCUUUUAAACUUAAAGAUUCUCGACGUUAGGAACAAUAGCCUUCAAGAAAUUGACGUUGAAACAUUUAACAUACACUCGUUGCAUCACGUUUACCUUUCUGGUAAUCCUUUAAAAUGUUCCGAGAAUACGAAGUGGAUACUGGAUCAAGGAAAAGGUUCUUUAAGCCACAAAAUCACGGACAAAGAGCAUCUGCGUUGCACGGUGCCGUACGAUGGCAGACCGUUGAUUCCAGUUGUGGAAAUAAUUAAUACGUUGAAAGACGAAUGUAGAAAGACUGUGUGUGACUGCGAAUUAGUGUAUGUGCUUGGUAACGGAGGGAAGCAUAUCCAAAAGCAAUUGACGGCUUUUACUUCGGUGAACUGUAGCCAUCGUGGUUUAACGGAGAUGCCGAACUUCUUGCCUGCGAACACCACCACUCUUCGCUUGUCUGGCAACCAGAUAACAGAUGUGACGCCACUUACGACAAAUCCUGUUUACGAAGGUGUGAUAGACCUGUAUCUGGACAAUAAUAUGAUAAGAUCGAUCGUUAAAUUAGAGGGAUCUAGCUGGGUGGACCGUUUUCGUGUACUUGAUCUUCGUGGAAACAAAUUAAACGAUUUGCCCACGUACGCUCUACAAAACGCGUUACAACACAAUCAAAACGCUGUGAGUUUGUUUCUUGGCAAGAACCCGUGGCAGUGCGACUGUUUCUUUACUCCAGGUUUUCAGGAUUUAAUCAUUAGAUAUACGAACAUAGUAAAAGACACUAACGAUGUUAAGUGUUCGCUUAAUAACGGAGAUGAGAACUCUGGUAAAAUCAUAAGAGAUUUAAAACGUACCGAGAUUUGCGUAUCGCCGGAGGAAAAUAUUUUGAUCCAUCCUUUGGACGUUUUAAAUAUUAUCCUAGCAUUACUGAUAUUUUUCAUCAUUGGAAAAUUACUCUACGAUUAUUGGUGCUUCAAGAAAACGGGCAAAUUGCCUUGGAUCGUCACCAAAAUACCAUAA